CGGAGUCGUCCGCCCGACGGAGCGGGUCACGGGGCGCCGACAGCCUCGGGCCUGGAGGGACGGCCUCGGGAGACCCGAGGAAGCGGGUGCUGUGCGCCGUGUUGCCUCAGUGCUUCCGCGCCCCGCAGUUUGGCGUCAUUCGGGGGGCACAGGCGCACGCCUGUGGCUAAGGAAGGGCCGCGUGCGCCUACGCGGUGGGAAAGGGUUCCGGGGGCCGAACGGGAAAGCCAGAAAGACCAGGCAGGCUGCAGUCGGCCAGUAGGCCCCCGAGUCAGGCUCUGCUUAAAUAAGGACGGCCCUGAAGAGAGCAAUUUGUUUCAGGAGCAACAAGGCAAAAUUGUCUUUACUUCUUCAUUUUAUCUAAGGUUUCUACCCCAGGAACAGACCUCUUUGCUCAUAUAAUGGGAUGAGCCAGAGUUGUUGCAGCCAGUGCUGAACUCAGGGUGACCUCCCUGCAGGGAUCACAAUGAUGAGUCCAGCUGCUGCCUGCCAUUGGAACAGCAGGGACAUCUGCUCUUGAAAGAAGAAACCCAGGAAUCUGCAGACCAGUUUUCAAGGCCACAGCCUUUCCCCCUCUGGUACUUUCCGGACCUUAAAACUAGAAAUUACUGAGAAAGGCGGACAUCAUGUUCACAGCGCCUGGCGUGGCGGCGGUUGGCGGAAGGCCUUAUUCCUGCAGUGAGUGUGGCAAAAGCUUUCGGUACAGUGCAGUGCUGCUGCGGCACGAACGUGCCCAUGGUGGUGACAAACGUUUCCGCUGUCUUGAGUGUGGUGAACGCUGUGCUCGAGCCUCAGACUUGCGUGCACACAGGCGGACCCAUGCUGGCCAGACCCUCUACGUCUGCAGUGAGUGUGGCCAGAGCUUCAGUCACAACAGCCUGCUGGACUUACACUUGGGGACACACCGAAGGCGUAGCCACACCUGCCCUUGCCGCCUCUGUGGCCGUCGCUUCCCUCACAUCCCUGCACUACUGCUGCAUCGGGUCCGACAGCACCCACCUGAGAAGCCCCACCGCUGCCCACUGUGUGCCCGCUCCUUUCGGCAGAGUGCUCUUCCUUUUCACCUGGCACGGGUGCACCCCCCAGAGACCACCACUGCCACCGCUCCUUCCCCCAGCCCGCUGCACCACUGUACACAGUGCCCACGGGCCUUUCAUAGCAGUGCUGGGCUGCGGAACCAUUCCCGCAUCCACGUGGUCCUCAGCCUCAGCGAACCUGGCGCUGAGGCCCACCAGUGUGGUGUGUGUGGUAAGAGCUUCAGCAAGAGUUCCACACUCACACGACACCUCCAGAGGCACUCAGGGGAGAAGCCCUACAAGUGCCCUGAAUGUGGCAAGGGCUUCUUGGAGAGUGCCACGCUGGUGCGGCACCAGCGAACACACACUGGAGAAAAGCCAUACGCAUGUAGCGACUGCGGGCGCUGCUUUAGCGAGAGCUCCACACUGCUGCGCCACCAGCGCAGCCACCAGGGUGAAAGGCCCCACGUGUGCCCUACUUGUGGCAAGGGCUUUGGACAGCGAUAUGACCUUGUGGUGCACCAGCGCAGCCACACGGGGGAGAGGCCUUUCCCGUGCCCAGAGUGCGGCCGGGGCUUCACAGACCGCUCAGACCUCACCAAACACCUGCGCACACACACUGGGGAAAAGCCUUACCACUGUGAGCUGUGUGGCAAGCGAUUCACCUGCAUCUCCAACCUCAAUGUGCAUUUGCGCAAUCAUGCUGGCCAUAAACCACACAAGUGCCCAGAGUGUGGCAAGUCCUUCAGUGUUGCUUCCAAGCUUGCACUGCACAGAAAAACACACCUAGGUGAGCGGACAGCAGAAUGCACGGAGUGUGGCAAAUUCUUUAGCCAUGGCCGAUCACUGUCACAGCACCAGCGGUCCCACAGACGUGCUAGAGCAGCUGCAAUGGCAGCUACUACCACCACUGCUGUAGUCACUGAGGUGACAGUAGGUCCUCCCCUUGCCCUCACAGGGCCAACGGAACAGGAGAGAUCAGGGCUCCUAGUGUCUCCAUUUCAGGAAACUUGCUAAGCAGGCCCCAUAAGGUGGCUGGGUGAACACAUUCAACCCUGAGGAAAAGACAGCUCAGAUGGUUUGGAAGCCAGACCUACUGCUGCUGUUGCAUUGUUGCUAGGUACUCACCUAGGUUGCCUUGUCUCUAAACCAAGAUCCCUAACAGCUCUUCCAUCAUCCAUUCUUGUAUUCCCCAGCUC